UCUUGGUGUUGAACCUGUGGAUAAAGAUGUUAUAAGAAAGCCACCCCGAAAUGUUCAAGACCCCAUGAUAACUAAAUCACUUAUAUUUAAUGUCAUCAUAUCAGCUACUAUCAUUGUGACUGGUACACUGUACGUGUUCUGGAGAGAGAUGCGGGAUAACAUAAUAACGCCUCGGGACACAACAAUGACAUUUACAUGUUUUGUGUUCUUUGAUAUGUUUAAUGCUCUUGGCUGUAGAUCUCAGACCAAAUCCAUAUUUACUAUAGGUUUAUUUAAAAAUCGUAUGUUUCUCUAUGCUGUGGGAGGAUCUAUACUCGGACAGCUGCUUGUUAUAUAUUUUGCACCAUUACAGAGAGUGUUUCAGACUGAAGCUUUAAAUCCGGAAGAUCUUGUCUUCCUGGUGUGUUUAACAUCAACAGUCUUUAUUGUAUCUGAAGUAAAGAAGUUAUUACAAACAAGUACUGAGCCUAAAUAUACCGUAAUGAAUGGACACUACAACUUGGACUAUGUAUGACAUUCACAAUCUCCUUUUUAUUACUAUUUGACUUUCUGAUCUUCAUUCUGAUAGUUGUAAACAUGUGCCUUCUAUUACAUUUUGCUUCAUUUCCUACAUACAAUGAGAUCUGUAUUUAUUUCAAAUUAUGUGCCAUUGCUGUAGUAACUAGUGUAAAUACAGAAAAUUUAAUAAUUGUGAUUUUUCUAAUUUUAUUUAACUUGUGAUUAGCAGCUGAAGUGUUUUUGUUGUCACUUUAUAAUUAGAAUCUUUGGAUUUACCCUGUCUCUCAAGAACCACUUCCAUAAAAUUCAAAUUGGUGCAUAUUAAUUACCUAAUUUGCAUAAUACUUAGCUGUCUAUAUUUU